AAGAAGCAUCAUGUCUGGACGUGGCAAAGGAGGCAAGGGUCUUGGAAAGGGAGGCGCCAAGCGUCACCGUAAGGUGUUGCGUGAUAACAUCCAGGGCAUUACCAAGCCCGCUAUCCGUCGUCUGGCCCGCCGUGGUGGUGUCAAGCGUAUCUCCGGUCUCAUCUACGAGGAGACCCGUGGCGUCCUCAAGGUCUUCCUGGAGAACGUCAUCCGUGAUGCCGUCACCUACACCGAGCACGCCAAGCGCAAGACCGUCACCGCCAUGGACGUUGUCUACGCUCUGAAGCGCCAGGGCCGCACUCUGUACGGCUUCGGCGGCUAGACUAACUGACCUACUAUAACGACCCCGGCCCUUUUCAGGGCCACCCAUAUCAUCCAGAAUAGGACUGUAUCGGCCCCAAAACACAUCCGUUCCAAGCUUGUAUUAUAGACAGGAAAGUUAUAAAAGGUGUGCAGGACUUAGAAAGGUACUGAAAUACAAGAAUCAAACAGUUUCAAUCCUGCAAUAGCGAGGGACAAGUGCAACAAUAUAGUUUGGCGAACACUAGAUAGGAAAACUGCUGCAUUGUUUAGGAAGGCCGCCAGGGGGCUCAAAUUCCUUCAACCUAACCAUAUACCAAACUUCGACGGUGACAAUCCAUUAAAGGCGUUUGGAAAUUAUAUGCUGCUACACCACACACAUGGUUACAUUGCAAACCCUACCAAAAACAUAACUAUUUCGGCUGAGGUAAUAACGAGGACGGGACAAGGUGAAGGUGAGAAACGGUCACCCGUAAAGGAUCGAGUUGGCACAGAAGCAUUUACAUAACUCGUGAUGUCAAUGUUGUGGUGAUUCCAAAAACUUGUGUAAGAGAACAAAGGAUCCAACAUUCCUCGCCUUUAUUACAUGGUUAUUUAUAUAAAUACUACUACAUAUUGGGAGGCCAGCAAGCAUUGGCUGUGUCAAAAAUAUGUCAACUCAUCGUAGCGCACGCACCAUAGGACAU